AUGAUUUAAUCUACAAAUGAAAAAGAUGAGCUAAACAUUUAACUUCAGAAGAACUUAAUAGCGAUUUAGAAGAAAUUGGAUAAAAAAAUAUAGCAAGUCAAAGAACUCGAAGAUCAUAAUUGGUUUCUUAAAGCUUAAUUGGAUUUAAAUGAAUGCUUAAGAAAGUUAGAGGUUGAAAGAUAUUAAUAGUAAUAUCAAUAAUAGUAGAAUGGGUAGAAUAAUGAAAUCCCUAGAGAGUUCAAUCAUAAUGAAUUAAAUGAAGCUUAAAAUUACUAUAAUUUGCAAAUUAACAGAUCAAUUGAGUUCCAUAAUGAAAUAUCAGCAGUAUCCAAGAAUGAAGCUUAUUACGAAAAUCAAUAAGUUGAGUAAUCAAAUUUAAACAAUAAUUUAGGGUAUUUAUCAGAGGUAUCGGAGAAAUCAAUUGAAAAUGAUCUUUCCAUAGCAGAAGAACAUUUAAAAGCACAAUAGAAUUAAUACGAACCAGAUUAUGAAUCGAAUAGAAAUCCUUAGAAAUAAAUUUAACCAAAAGUUAAAAUAAGUAAUCCAAAUCCCCUUAUUGUAAUGAGAGACUAUUAGAAUGAUUAAAGUCAAGAAUUCAAUGAUGCUGAUGGAAUUUAAUCAUCUACCUAAAAUGUGUAAUUCAAAGAAAUUGAAGAAUUAGAAAACAAUUCUCAAGAAAAAAUAUCAAAACUUUAUAUUGAGGAAUCUAAAAUAAUUGAAAAUAAAGAAAAUGAAUCAUCUGAAACCUAAAGAAAAUAACUAUUUGAUGAGUUGUUUAACUUGAGUUAAAUAGAGAUAAAUUUAAGAAAAAGCACAUUUCAGUCUAUCUUAUCAUAGGAACCUUCAAAUAAAAAAAUAAGAAAAGUGGUCAAAAAAGAGUUAUCAAGAUUUAGUAAUGCACUGACUAGAAAUGUAUAUCAGUUAAGCAAAGAAAAGAAAUAAACUGUUAUCUGCUAUAAUGAUCAUGAUAAUAAGAUUAUUGUAGGAUAAAAUGAAACUAACACAUUAAUUUUUGACUCAGAGAUGCAAGAUAUGUGGCUUUUAGAACUUGACUCAGAGCUAAUAUCUAUAUAUCAAAUUAAUGGACUAUUCUUCUUCGGGAUGAAUGAUAAGAAAGUCAUUAUUUUUGAAAAAGAUUAAUACGAUGAAGUAAAGAGGAUUGAUACAAUAAAGUGUGUUCAAAAAUUUGUUUACUACCAGCAUGAGGAUCCGAAUUUGAACUUGCCUAAAGAAUAUUUAAUCCUUUUAGAAAAGGAAGGCUACAUCUAAUUCUUUAGUUUCUAAGAAAAAUAGAUAGUAUCAACUCAUCAGCACUCUAGCUUAAUGAGUAUAUAGGAUGGAUUAUAAGUUGCGAAUAAAAACUAAUUAUGCUUGGCAUGUAAUAAUAAAUUAAGCAAUUCAUAAAAAAAUUUAGCUCAAAAUUAAUCCUUCUCAAGAAGAAAGCUUAGUUGA